AUGAUAAAAGGGUACGCCUUCCUACACGUAUCUGAACUAUCGGAAGGGGGCUCACCUUUGGGUUGUUGGGCAUCUCAACCUCAACAACCUCCUCAGCCAGCCUGUCCCUACGGCAAUGCCGUAGAGCAGCGGUGCAUCCACACCACAGCUGACCGUAUGGGGUACGCCUUCCUACACGUAUCUGAACUAUCGGAAGGGGGCUCACCUUUGGGUUGUUGGACAUCUCAACCUCAACAACCUCCUCAGCCAGCCUGUCCCUACGGCAAUGCCGUAGAGCAGCGGUGCAUCCACACCACAGCUGACCGUAUGGGGUACGCCUUCCUACACGUAUCUGAACUAUCGGAAGGGGGCUCACCUUUGGGUUGUUGGGCAUCUCAACCUCAACAACCUCCUCAGCCAGCCUGUCCCUACGGCGAUGCCGUAGAGCAGCGGUGCAUCCACACCAUAGCUGACCGCAUGGGACAUCGCAGCGAUUACAGAAACCAUUCGCUACUCAUUUUAUUGAAUGUUCCUUCAUACAACACCGUGUGCGCUAACAAGCCCGGUCGCUGGGAACAACUGCAGCUCGCGGGCAUGCUGGAGAGGAGGGAAAAUAAAAGGAAUGUACUGGGGCACGAGCCCUUGCGACCAGCAGAGGUAGAUGCUGUGCAAAAGCGAGCUUGUAUUAUGAUCUCAGGCACAGAUCAGGCACCCUCCAUUUUGGUGGCAAUGCAAAUUGGUGGCAAUUCAGGUUUUGGUUUUAUUUCGAUUUUGGGAUCGGAUGUCUGGAUUUGAAAGCGGGGGAAAGAGAGGCACAAGCGCCUUAGACAGCCUUUUUCCCCCUUUGGUGCCAAUGUCCGAGAUUCCCCAUGGAAGUGUUGACUACACAUGCAUCGGCGUCGGACAUACCGUACGCCGGAGAAUGGGGCUGUCUAUUCAUAUUCACCCCCUGUCUAAAAGUACAAUUGCAUCAUAUACAUACAUCCAUGUCUAGACUACAGUAGCGAGGAUGAGGAGAUACAAAUGCAUGCAUACAAAGGGAAAAAAGAAGCGGGGGAUGAAAAAUUCAUCUGUUUUUUGUCCGCAAAUGAACAGCAGCGCUGUUGCCUGUUGUGUAUUGUUGCUAAUUUGUGCAAUGGACACGGAUGUCCCGAGCUGGACAGUAGUAAAGACCUCGUUUCGCAGCCCCCAAAGUCCUCCUCGGGUUCCAUCU